UAUGAGUUUCCGUUUCAUAGUCUAAUCUUUUGUCCUCUGGCAGAGUGGGGUGAAGAGAAAGAAAUCCCUAGGAUUGGUAAGGAAAAAAGAUAUCAGAAACCAGCACAAAUAAACUAAGAGAAGGAGCGAGAACUCAAGUUUUCAAUGAAGCAGCUUUCUGAACAGCUCUAAAAGAUUUCUGCUACUGAAUUUACAGUCAAGGUGACACUAUGGACAUGGCCCCAUUGAAUCACAUGCCAGAACCCUUGUGCCUCAUCGAGAACACUAAUGGGCGACUGCUGGUUAAUCCGAAAGCCCUGAAGAUCCUGUCUGCCAUCAGGCAGCCCGUUGUGGUGGUGGCUAUCGUGGGCCCCUACCGCACAGGCAAGUCCUACCUGAUGAACAAGCUGGCUGGGGAGAAAAAGGGAUUCUCAGUUGGAUCUACAGUGCAGUGUAGCACGAAGGGCAUCUGGAUGUGGUGUGUGCCUCACCCCAAGAAACCAAACCACACCCUGGUUCUUCUUGACACUGAGGGACUCGGCGACGUAGAGAAGGGCGACAAGACAAAUGACACCCAUAUAUUUGUACUGGCACUACUAUUGAGUAGUACUUUUGUCUACAAUACCAUGAACAAAAUUGACCAUGGGGCUAUCAACCUCUUGCACUAUGUGACAGAACUGUCACAACUGCUCAGAAUAGAUACCUCACCUGCUCUUAACAGGGUAGAUGAUGCAGCUGACUUUGUGAGAGUCUGUCCAGACUUAGUGUGGACUUUGAGAGAUUUCUACCUUGACCUGGAAGCAAAUGGGCAACUCAUCACAGCAGAUGAAUACCUGGAGAAUUCACUGAGGCCAAAGCAAGGCACCAACCAACAUUUUCAGAAUUUUAAUCUGCCCCGUCUGUGUAUACAGAAAUUCUUUCCAGUAAAGAAAUGCUUUAUUUUUGACUUGCCCACUCACCAGAAGAAGCUUGCCCAGCUUGAGACACUGCAUAAUGAUGAUCUGGAUCCUAAGUUUGUACAACAAGUGGCAGAAUUCUGUUCCUACAUCUUUAGCUAUUCCAAGACUAAAACUCUUUCAGGAGGUAUCCAGGCCAGUGGAUCUCAUCUAAAGAACCUAGUGCAGACCUAUGUCAAUGCCAUCAACAGUGGGGAUCUGCCCUGCAUGGAAAGUGAAGUCCUGACCUUGGCCCAGAUUAAGAACUCGGCUGCAGUGCAAAAGGCCAUUGCCCAUUAUGACCAGCAGAUGGACCAGAAGUUGCAGCUGCCCACAGAAACCCGCCAGGAACUGCUGGACCUGCACAGGGCCAGUGAGAAAGAGGCCAUUGAAGUCUUCAUGAAGAACUCUUUCAAGGAUGAGGACCAAGGGUACCAGAAAAAAUUAGAGAUGCAGCUAGCAGCCAAACUGAAUGACUUUCAUAAACGAAACUCGGAGGCAUCACUGAAUCGUUGCUCAGCUUUACUUCAGGAUAUUUUUCAUCCUCUAGAAGAAAAUGUGAAGCAAGGGGUUUAUGCAAAACCUGGGGGGCAUUGUCUCUUCAUUCAGAAGAUAGAAGAGCUGAAGGAAAAGUACAAUCAGGAGCCCAGGAAAGGAAUACAGGCUGAGGAAGCUCUUCAGAAAUAUUUAGAGUCCAAGGAGUCUGUGAGUGUUAUGAUUUUGCAGACAGACCUUGCUCUCACAGCAAGCGAAAAGGAGAUCAAAGGUUUAAGAGAAGAGUUUAUGAAGGCUGCAGCACAAAGGUUGAUGCAAAGUCUAACGCAGCAUCAGCAAAUGAUGGAGCCAAGGAAGACAGUCCAUCAGGAACAAGUGAGACUAAUGGAGACAAACAGAGUAUACCAGGAGGCCCUGCAACAGAGGGCCAUGGAACGUCAGCUCCAGGAAGAGGUGAAAAGGCUCAAGGAGAGAUUCCAAGCUGAGAACAGACAACUUCUCAAUGAGCUCCAGAAUCUUCCGAGGAAUGACUCACCAGAUGUUACAUGCAUCUUACUCUAAAGAGCUGAACACUAGAAUUUCAUUUACUUAUUCAUUUUCACUGAAGAUGCAAAGGAACAAGAAACUAUAGAACUUGAUACAAUCAUCAUUUAAAUAAACUUCGAUAAUUAUA